GAUCAUUCCAACGAGACCAGCCACGCCUGCAUCAGUACUGCGGCUCGAGGCCUUCCUCCCCAUGGCCGAUGCAGAUGCCUCUAAGAUUUCCGGCCAAGGUUAUUUCAUAUCCGUUGACUCAAGACCAAUGUCUACUGACAGAGGGACCAUGAAAAAGCUUGUCGACAUAUACAAGACCUACAUUCGCGGCAGUUUAAAAGUAAACGCAUCGUCAAAGCCCCUUCUCAAGCCUUUUAUACGACUGAAUAUACAGUGUCUCAUCGGAAGCUACGACCCGAAUGUGACAGCAGCCAAAGAUGAGGUUCUAUUCGAUAACGAGUCCAGAGUACUUUCAUUCUUCGAGGAGAUGUGCAAGGAGAUGUACUCGUCACCGAAGCCUAUGGCCAGGGCGGAGGUUGUCGAAGAUCAUGCUCAAGUGGACAACUCCCGACCCAGAAAGAGCAAUCCUUCUUUUCUAUUAGACAAUGACGAAGAACGCCUUAAUGGGCUCCCCCAUGAACGACUGGCACCAGACGAUAUGAUGAGUGUGGAAGAUGGCCUCGCAGGGCUGCCUUCGCCUAGCAGCGGACAGCAUCACCCAGGCCCCGCCAAGAAGGGGGUUCGAGGUGGUUCUGUUCACGAUGACGUUGGAACACCAGAACAGGGACAGGUAGUCCUUAUCGACAGCAGCUCAGAAGUACCUUCCCAUCGCCAUGAACCGGAUAUGUUUGUCCCAAAACAGGGAGCAAUUUUGCAUAUCGGUGGAGAGGUGUUUGGUGCCAGUCAGCUCGCGACGCAGGACCAGUCCCUUAUGGUAAUUGCAGGGUCUCAAUGCAGCACUGAACCAACUCAAUCUCUCCUUCGGGCCGCAUGGGAAGUAGACAUGGCAAGGGAUGUAACCGCAAGCCCCGACGGAAAUACCCGGCCAAUCCUUCUCGAUCCUCCGCGGACAGACCUUACCAAAUACCUGCAGUCCCAGCGUCUGGGUCAAACACAGCGCGAGGAGCCAAAUCCGUGGUCUAUCGCCAAGAAAGCCGCAGAGAAACGUGGCGACUAUGAGAACAAUACUCCCAACUCUCUAGCUGAGGCUGAAUUCGAAGUUCAAGGCGAUAGCUUCGUUGGAACAUCUUCUCGCCAUCAGCUGCUCUUUUCCGAGACUGAAAAUUUCAUGCGCAGAGACUCUGACAUAGUCCACCCGAGUAUAGAAGACCACGCGAACAUACGGCGCCAGCAUCCUCGACGCCAUCGGAACCCUGCAGUGCGAAGGGAGGAAGCAUACCAGGCGGACUAUUCUGAACCACCGAUACUGGAACACCCCGCCGCCCAACAAGGUGGUAUUCACGGGCUGAGAUACCAAGACCGGCGAAGAAUUACGAGAGAUGAAGAGCCAUUCCAGUCCACUGGAGUGGAACAUAACUCCGACGACCUGAAUGUUGAACCUUCCAGAGGCCACAGUGUUUGUCAGCGCGCGUACGCGAAAACACCACACCCUUUUGGCCAUUUCGACCAGGAAAGUGCAUUUGGCACGCCGCCCCCUUCCUCAAGCCCAUCGCAUAAGCCAUUUCGGGUACCUGCUCGUAUUCGACCCGGCAAGCAGCGUCGGGAAAUGCAAGGUUUUCCCGGCGUUCUGCCAAAGGUCGCACGGGCUGUGAGCCCUAAGGCGGAUAGGAUGAGACAAGGUAAGAUUGUCUUCAACACGGGAAAAGACCAGAAACCACUCGAACCAGAAUACACCUUGGACAACGGUCAUUCGAUAGGACUGGGCUACAAAGGCUCUCGGGACGACGUCAUUGUCUCCGAGACAACAAGACGGCCCCCUCGCCAUGUCAGCGAUGAUGGACCAUCCCAAAAAGAGAUGAAGAAUGCGCUGGAGAGGCUUCACGCACUUCGCUCAAACACCGAUGACACUGACUGUAUCGAAAAUCUGGGACAGGAUGAGAAACGUGGCAGGUCUAAAACUCGAAGACCGAAUACUAUUGCGCCUGGCACGUUCCCACGGAGCUAUUUGAGACGGAGUCUGGCAUCUAGGUCCCCAUCAAGGAACAAAACUCUGCUAGCAUUUGAGAGGCUUUCUGCAGAAACAUAUACUUAUUCGCAGCUACUUACACUUGACCUACGCAAGAUACGCAAGCAGGUGAUCAAGGCAUCUUGCUAUGAUGUUUACGUCUCCAGGGGUGAACAGGAGGCCGCGUUUUCAACGGGGCUGGCUGAGAUGGAGGAUAUCAGCAACAGGCUCCAAGAGGUUGUCGGGGCAUGGGCGUAUGUGGAGCACGGUGAAGAUCUGGAGAUUGAGAUUGAUGUCGUCGCAAUGCUCGAGAGGAAUGGUGUGGAAGGCAUGAUAGAAUGA